CCAGAGUAAGCGAGGGGUCCGUAUGGUUGCAGGUCUGCGUGAAGUUCACCCUCCACCUACCACCGAGUUUUCACGAGCCCAGUUCCCGUUGAAAUUUCGAGUUCUCGACAGAAAGAUGGAACAAACUUCGGGAAAUAUUCUUUUUGUAGAGUCCUCUAUUGAGGAACAGGUCGAGGAAUUGGCCGUUUACUUGGACAAUAUUGGUGAAAAUGAGCAGAAGGUUCUGUCAACGAAAUGUGCGGAAUUCCUUACCGCCGAAAACGUUCAAAAUGCAAUCAAUUUGCUGUUGGACAACCUCGCUUUGCUCAGCAAGGCUCCUGAGAAGGAGUUCGAACCCGUGUUUAAUGUCAUGUUGAGCUUGUUGAGCGAAUCUACUGAAUACGAAAGCAGUGUUAACAAAAUUUGUGCGAUUGUGAAGGGUUUCUCCGAGGCUAACUCUGUUAAUCCCACCCUGCUUUUGGCCGUUCUUUCUACCCUCUUCAAUUCCAUUCCCAAGCAAUACAUUUCCACUCGCUUGAUCAUUUUGACCACCAUUGUUUCCGUGGCCUCGAAGGCUUCCCUGUACAACUUGCUUACUCCUCACUUGCCCUACCUUUCUUCUUGGCUCCAGGAAGCUGGCGUGUCCAUGGCUGAACAACGCGCUUUUAACGUUCUCGUCUCCAACUCUAUUCGUCCCUUCAGCGAGGAGCAGUCCUUCCAAUUUUUGUUGGAGGCUGUUAAGUUGAGCGAGGAUACUGUUGAUGAGGCUGCCCGCGAUUUGGUCAGCCGUGCCAUCAACUCUCCCAAGAUUCUCUUCUAUGAUGACAUUGUAAGUCUCCCUGCUGUCCAACGUUUGGAUCAAUCCAUCGUUCAGUUGCUCGGUAUUCUUUGCGGCGGUGUCCUGGAAGAUUACCUGUCCUGGAAGGCUCAAAACGCUGGCUGCUUUGAGCAAUACAAGUUGGACGAAGAGGCUCUUCUUCGUAAGAUGAAGCUGCUUACUGCUGCUUCUUUGGCUACCGCAGCCUCCAACAACAAACUUUCCUACGCUGAGAUCGCCAAGGGUCUGCAGAUUGACGAGAGUAGCGUUGAACUGUGGAUCAUUGAUGUGAUCCGUGCUGGCCUCGUUGAGGGACGUAUGUCACAACUCACAAAGUCCUUCCUUGUGCACAGAAGCAGUUACCGUGUUUUCCAAAAGCAAGAGUGGGUAAAGCUUCACGAGAAGCUUGCUGUUUGGAAGUCAAGUCUGCAAGGCAUGUUAAAAAUUAUGGAGCAACCUUUAUCUAGCUUCUCUAUGCCCUCGAGAAAGUCUGGAAAGGACGCUUCUAUUUCUGUUUCUGAUUAGAUAGCCUGAUGGUAGGAACUAAAAUAGGGUUAUGAACUCUUGAAAUUACUGCACCGGUGCUUUAGUAAUUAGCAAUUCUUAGGGACAUCGCAUCAGGGUUGAACUGGCACGGUGAUAUGCGGUGCAGUUCGCUAACCAUCAUUAAAGCUCGCAGUUUUUCUGUCGAGUCCCUUAUAAUAUUAUUUGAUACUGCUCCGUACUACGUUAAAUAGAUAUAAAGAUGGCUUACGAAC